CUACUCAGGUCCCCCUCCUCCCUCGCUCAGCAGCAGCUAGUGGUAUGCUCCAAUCGUCUUCGCUCUUCUCCCUUCUCUCUCUCUCUCUCUGCACUGUCAGCCUCAGCAGUCUCCACACCACAGCGAGACACUGGUGCAGCGCUGAUCCCCCCACAUGCACGUGCAUGAUUUGUGAGUGGCAGGUUCUUUAAAAAAAAAAACAACGCUCAGCACCGAAGUGUGUACAAGUGUGCAUGAGAAUGUUUUUCUGAAGCAUCUUUUUGUGCCGAGGAGCAUGUGUGCGGGCCGAGAGACACUGUGAGGAUGCAUGGUUGGCAGGUGUUGUCGUGAUCGGUGGAGUUUUUGGUGUACUAUCGUUGUGUUGUCUGCCUUCCCCCUUCUCCUCUGAUUUUGGUUAUCCUGUGAGGACAAAAAGCAUCCUGCUGGGAUGUCCACCUCGCCUGGUGCAAAUGAUGGGAGCCAAAGGAACUCUUUGGAGCUGGAUGCAGAGCACGCACAGAGAGUCCCCGGGGCGGAGCAAGGAGGGGGCCUGCCACCCCAGGUGAAGCUGAAAGAGAGGCAGAAGUUCUUUGAGGAGGCCUUUCAGCAGGACAUGGAGCAGUACCUGUCUACCGGCUACCUGCAGAUUGCUGAGAGGCGAGGCAGCAUGUCAUCCAUGGAGGUGAAUGUGGACAUGCUGGAGCAGAUGGAUUUGAUGGACAUGUCUGACCACGAGGCUCUGGAUGUGUUUUUGCACUCUGGAGGAGAGGACAACAGCGCUGCCUCGCCUGUUGCAGGUCCAGACGUCGAGUCCUUCACCACAGAGAUCAGCCUCCAAGUUCCCACCCAGGCUGAGCUACGACACAAGCUCUCUUCAUUAUCAUCCACCUGCACUGACUCCGCCAGCCAGGACACAGAGGCCGGGGAGGAAGACGAGGAGGAAGAGGAGGAGAGUGAGCAAGGAGGAGGAGGGGGCGUUGGGGGAUCAGGAGGAGGAGGAAGGAGGAGAAGACCCCCUGUGGUAGUGACCCUGGAUGAAGAAGAGGUGCACCCUGACACAGUGCUGGUGGACAGGGCAGAGCGCGAAGAUCAGACCAGCAAAGACUGUGAGGAAAGCAGGCCAGAGGUUUGAGGAGAGGCGGAGUGAGACACCCAACAGCUGCCAAAUCAAACUCAGAACAAUAUUGGCUUUGUUCUUAAUAUUCCUCUCAUAUGUCAGAGAAACAUAUGAUAGAAAGUGCAACCUCAGUGCACUUUCUAACUGCCACAUGACCUUACCUUGAGAGACGUGAGUUUUCAAUUCUAAUUGAUCUUAUAAAACAGUUUUUUUUUCCCCUUUUCACCAUAACGUCAUCGAACGGCUUAGCGAUUCUCCUGUUUCUUUGUUUCUCCUGCUGUAUGUCGAGGCCUGUUACUGAUUAACGACUGAGUAAUGAGGACAUAGAAACACACUAAAAAUCACCCACACGACCCUUCUGCUAUGCUCCAUCCUUCACUGCGCUUAUAGACCGCAGCGGUCAUGUGUUUCCCAUUAUUGCUUGUGUUGGAGAUUAAGCGUGGAGCCUAAAGUACCCCCAUUUGGCCAAAAUAAAGAAGCUAGCUUUUAAAAUCUAACUGCAGGUCAGAAAUGUGAAGUCAGUUUUUAAUCUGUAAAAGAAAUGUUGCCAUGCAAAUUCACCCGCCAAAGAUUUUAUACCUUAUAAAAUCCACGUGUGUAAAACCACGGGGAUAGCUUUGGUUCUGUUUGCACAGGUUUUCUGAUGUAUGCGCUCUAUGAAACUGUUCUAGGGGUUAAAGCUAUGAAAUGAGACUUUCAAUUGUGCAAUUUCUCUUCCACAAUUCAUUUUAGUGCAACAAAUGCAAAGAUACACUACUCAAAGAAAUGAAGGGAACACUCGAUCAUCACUUGGUAUGACACAAAGUCAUUUAAACUUCUUUCCUUUCAUUUGAAGCUUUGCUGCAAGUGAGUUUUUCUCCGGUCCAGCUCCUCUAGGACUGCAAAAUGACCUCCAGCUGAGCUACUCGUGCAUGUUUCUCACCAAACUGUCAGAAACAAACUCCACGAGGGCCCGAUGUGCUUCAGUGCAGAGCCCGGCACCGUGCAGCUCAAGUAUAUCCGCCUGAGAUCUGCCAUCCUGGAGGAGCCGGACUACUUGUGCAACCUGAACCGGCUGGAGGUACGAUCCUCAUGCUAGCAGCAGUGAUAAGGAGUAAAAAGACAAACUAGAGGAUUAGGAGGGAUAAGGAGAGAGGAUUUUUGUGGUGGUAGUCUUGUUGUUGCCUCUCUGGUAAACCCGUUAUCACUAGGAUUUGCACCAAAGCAGCUGAAAUGGAUUCACAAUGCUUUCUGCUUCCUAGCUGGAAAGACUUAUAUCACUGAAGUUCAACCAACUAUGAUGCUCGAGCGUUCCCUUAAUGUUUUUUUGAGCAGUGUACUUAUUGAUCGCUUUUUUCUGAAGAAAAAGGAUGAAUAUUUUAUCACUUUCUGAAACUAAAAAGCCAAAAGCAUUUCUUUCACUGUUUUUUAAAGUCUUCUAGAUCACGUCGGAUGUAAACUACCAGUUCAAAAUGGUUUUGUGCCAUUACCCAGUAGAAACAAAGCUUAAUAGCAGGCAGGCACCUGACAGUGGUUUCUGAAACACAUUGUAUAGCAGACAUGUGGGUGAAGAUCGGGUACAAUGAUAACAAUGACUUACCACACAUACACACACACAUACAGGACAGUUACCCUUUGCCAUUCCUUUGAUAUGUGAUCUCUGGGUGAACUACUUCUGUUGAACCGAGGACCAAAUCCCUGCUGUGGACAGUGUGCUAUGCACCGGACAAUGUCCAGAAGACUGAACUGCAUCCAGACCUCUGUGUCUGCAGUUGUUGACAUUUGUGCAAUGUGACAGCAUUACUGCUUCCUUCUUUUUCCCUUGCCUAAAAUUUCUGACUUGUUGCUAAUAAACAUUUGUCUCCCGGCGUCGUUUAAUUUUCAUCCGAGUUACAGCAGUAAGAAAAGUAGGAAGUCUUGUUUUGUAGUCCUGCCAUUUAACAAUGGAAAGCUAACACAGUAAGAGAAUAGACAGAGCGUUAUUAAUGAGGGGAGAAAGGAUCAUUAAAUAUUUUAUUUUGUGCGAGUUGAAUUUCUGUGUAUAUUCAUUUUUUUAAAAAAAAAAA